AAUCGAUGAUCCCUGUCAUAGCAGUUGACCAAUCAUCCACACUUGGAAUCCACGUCUCUGCAACUCUUCGUCUCACUUUACAAACAUUUUUCAAUUCAAUUCAAUCCUUCAAAACACAUCAAACAAACCCAAAUCAAAUUCAAAAUUCCGACAAACACCCACAAAAAUUCAACCGAAACCCACCAAAAUGUCGUUCGAAGAAGACGAAGAAUCCAUGGAGCACACCCUCUUAGUAGUCCGCGAAGUCUUCGUCUACAAAAUCCCCCCGCGCUCCACCUCCGGCGGGUACAAAUGCGGGGAAUGGCUACAGUCUGACAAGAUCUGGUCGGGCAGACUUCGGGUCGUGUCGUGUAAAGACAGAUGUGAGAUCCGAUUAGAGGAUCCGGCCUCCGGCGAACUGUUUGCAGCUUGUUUUGUGUAUCCGGGUCAGCGGGAGAAUUCUGUAGAGACGGUGCUUGAUUCGUCGAGAUAUUUUGUGCUGAAGAUUGAGGAUGGGAUGGGGAAACACGCGUUUAUUGGGUUGGGGUUUAAUGAGAGAAAUGAAGCCUUUGAUUUUAAUGUGGCAUUGUCUGAUCAUGAGAAGUAUGUACGGAGAGAGCUUGAGAAGGAGAGUGGUGAGAGUGGGGAGAGUAGUGAUACUCAUAUUGAUAUUCAUCCUGCUGUUAAUCAAAGAUUGAAGGAAGGUGAAACUAUUCGAAUAAAUGUGAAGCCUAAACCCACUAGUGGAACUGGAAUGCUUUCAGCAGCAGGGCUGUCGGGUGGUGUUUCUGGUGUCGGAAAGCCUAAAGCUUUGAGCAUUGCUCCACCGCCAAGAACUUCAGGAAAAAUAAGGUCUCCGCUCCCACCUCCUCCUAAUGAUCCAGUUGCUGUUCGGAGGACUGUUUCUAAUUAUGAUGGUGGUCUUGGAACUCCUAGGGAUGAUACAAAGUGUUCAACUACACCAUUAUCGGAUCUUUCUUCUCUCGAGAGAAAUCUUCCUUCAGCAACAUCAGGAUCGACAAAGACGUCUGCAUCAGGAUGGGCUGCUUUCUAAUUUCUAUUAAGCAUUUAUUGAGUUUGAAGCCCAUGUUUGAUGUAUUCCUAAAAAGCGAAAACGAACUAUAUAAUUGAGAAAAGUAAGAGAAUACAACCAAAUAAGUUCAUGUUUGGAUAAUUAUGUUCGAUGAUUUGCAUUGAGUUCUUCAUUUCUCCUACAUGAACUUGAUGGUUUGUUAUAUAUAAUACAAAGGCAAUCUUUUCAUCAUUGUCCCAGGCGAUUUGAGCUGUGUCAAUUUCUUUUUCAUCCUGGGAACUCCUUAUUUUCUUCUUUAACUUUUAACCUAUAAUUUCAGAAUGUUUUUUGCUCUAUAGUUGAAGGCAUUGAUGAUGUCAAUUCUUUAUGUGCUGCGGUCUGUGUUUUUAGCAUUCGUGCAUAGAUUGUGGCGGAAAUGAUAUCUUCCAUUUCCCUUGUAUGUCAUAGAAAUAAGAAAAAAUUGUAACAUUGAUGUCCGAAUCUGCUAUUUUCCAGAAUUAUUUUGCUCUAUAUUUCAAGGGUGCAACUGUAA